AGGGGGCGGGUUCCGGCUUACGGUAUGUGAGUGGUUUAGCCGCUCGCCGCUGCUCGUCAUUUGACGGAACGUUUUGACGGGGGGGGGGAGAGAAAGCGAGGCCUGAAGUAUCCGGUUGGGUAGGGGGAAGCGAAUACGGGUUACUCAUAGAAGUGUUGGUUUCCCUCAGGCAGGGAGAGAUUCGCGGCCUCCUUCCAUGUCCCCGCCGCAGCAUGGCCGGUGAGCUCCGCCCGUGGGAGCCAGCUCAUACGCCUCCAUUGCCGGCUCAGGGCCCAGACCCCGGGCUCCCCUGAAGGCCGCUCCCACAGUCACUCUCCGACCCAGACUAUGUCCUCCGUGCCCGGCAGCAGCCUGGCCCCCCCCCGGCCCACCAAUGGCUCCAGCUCUGACACGUCAGUCGGGGGCCGCUCGGUGCCCAGGGAGGAAGCAGAAGAGCGGCCUGAGGAGUUCCGCCGCCGCCGCCACACUAUGGAUAAGGACAAGGCAGAGCAUCGCUUUUUCCGUCGCAGCGUCAUCUGCGAUUCCAAUGCGACGGCCCUGGAGCUGCCUUCCAACCAGAGCAUCUUGGGCUCCCCGCCCGAGUCAGAGACCGGCCUGCAGCUACUCGUCUGCGGGGAGAGCACUUUGGCGGUCCCGCCAGCCCUGCCAGCGAAGGAAGCCGUAAAGCAAGUCCGUCCUGACGGCGCUGAGCAGCCCCAGCCGAGCCCAGAGGCGCAACAGCAGCCCCAGGCAGGAUCCGCGGAGGAGGUGAAAGUCCCCAAGCCUGUAAGCGAGCAGCCGGAGGAGGAGAGCGGCAGGACCGAGCAGGAGAAACUCGCCGAUGAGAAUGAGAAGCUGGAGACCACGGCUGUGGGCUUCUCCCCGGAUGGCAGGUUCCUCAAGUUCGAUAUAGAGAUCGGGAGAGGCUCUUUCAAAACGGUUUAUAAAGGGCUGGAUACGGAGACUACUGUGGAGGUGGCCUGGUGUGAACUGCAGGACCGCAAGCUUUCCAAGUCUGAGCGACAGAGAUUUAAAGAAGAAGCAGGCAUGCUGAAAGGGUUACAGCACCCCAACAUCGUCCGCUUCUACGAUUCCUGGGAGUCGACGCUAAAGGGAAAGAAGUGUAUCGUUCUGGUGACGGAGCUGAUGACCUCGGGCACUCUGAAAACGUAUCUAAAGAGGUUCAAAGUCAUGAAGCUGAAGGUUCUGAGAAGCUGGUGCAGGCAGAUUUUGAAAGGACUACAGUUCCUACACACUCGCACUCCUCCCAUCAUCCACCGGGAUCUCAAAUGCGACAACAUCUUUAUCACCGGCCCGACGGGCUCAGUGAAAAUCGGGGACCUGGGUCUGGCCACUCUGAAGAGAGCAUCGUUUGCCAAAAGUGUCAUAGGUACCCCUGAGUUCAUGGCCCCAGAGAUGUAUGAGGAGAAAUACGAUGAGUCCGUUGACGUGUAUGCGUUUGGGAUGUGCAUGCUUGAGAUGGCCACUUCUGAAUACCCUUACUCCGAAUGCCAAAACGCUGCACAGAUCUACCGGCGAGUCACCAGUGGCGUGAAGCCUGCCAGCUUCGAUAAAGUCGCAAUUCCAGAGGUGAAAGAAAUCAUCGAAGGGUGCAUUCGCCAAAACAAGGACGAAAGGUAUGCCAUUAAGGACCUGCUGAACCAUGCCUUUUUCCAAGAGGAAACUGGGGUCCGCGUGGAACUGGCAGAGGAAGAUGACGGGGAAAAGAUUGCUAUCAAGCUUUGGCUGCGUAUUGAGGAUAUCAAAAAACUCAAGGGCAAAUACAAGGACAAUGAGGCAAUUGAGUUCUCCUUUGACCUGGAGCGAGAUGUUCCGGAUGAUGUGGCACAGGAAAUGGUGGAAUCUGGCUACGUCUGUGAAGGAGACCACAAGACUAUGGCAAAGGCAAUCAAAGAUAGGGUGUCCCUGAUCAAACGCAAGCGGGAACAGAGGCAGCAAGUGCGGGAAGAGCAGGAGAAGAGGAAACAGGAGGAGAUUAGCCAGCAGCAGCAGCAGCAACAAGCAGAGCUUCAGCCUCAGAGUCCUCCUCAAGGCACCGUCAAACCCUCCACUGGCACCGUUACCUCUGGCACACAAGUAGAACCCGAGGAGCCGGAAGCUGAUCAGCAUCUACAGUACCAGCAGCCAAGUGUAUCCGUCACAUCAUUAGCCGAUGGGACAAUUGACAGUGGUCAGGGAUCGUCCAUGUAUUCUGAAUCUUAUGCGGGAAACCAGCCGACAGUCUCCUUUGGCUCUCAGCCCGAUCCAAGCCUCACUCCCAGCAUGGUGCCUGGCUUCAGCACUCCAAAUAUCCAACCCCCUGCCCAGCAUGGCGGAUACCCAGCUCCUGUAGGGCCUUGUCGAGGUCGUAGCAUGUCAGUAUGUGUUCCCAACCUUUCCUCUGCUCCCCCACUCCUUUCCGUUGUGCCCCCCAGUGCUCCAGGCUCCCCUUCCCCAUUGCAGUCUGCCCCUGCCUCCCCACUCUGGACAUCUCCCGAAGAUUCCUUUGCUGAAAAGCUUUCCAAGGCUCUAGAGAGUGUUCUGCCCAUGCACUCCUCCAGCCCUCGCAAGCACCAACGCCGCUGCAGCCUGCCUACCCUCUAUACCAGCCCUCCAUCGUCCAUGGUCCAUUCAGCACUCCCAGACUCUCCGCUUUUUUUCCCAACCAUUCCCAACCAGCGCCCCAUGUCUUUCUCUCCGCCGCCUACUGGCUUGUCCCCAAAGGUGCCUGCAACCCAGCGACGCAAGAGCACCUCUUUCUUGGAGUCCCAAGGCCGCCAGGGGCUAUCUCAGAUUAGGACACUCGGGCCAGGUGAGGAGACCCAGUGCUGGAGGGCAGACUACAUGGCAGCUCUAGGUAAAGCAUCUGUCCGAUCCGAGGAUGCUCACAAGCAUCAAAACUAUGAGGGAUUGGCGUUCCAUGACGCAAGACAUGUUCCGACAGUUCCAAAUGAAACUCUCUUAAAGCCUGGGGAAGCAUUGUAUCUAGCCAGUCUGCCCUCACAGGAGAGCUACAGCAGCAUGGCUGCCCCUGAGCAUAUGGAGGGCCACAAGCUGACCCAGCUUGGCUCGUUUUACGAUUAUCACACUGGGCAAACCUACAUUGCGCGGCCCCUGAAGAGCCUAAGACUGGAAUCUGGGUUAAACCAGCCGUCGGCUUUGGGUAGCAUCUCCAACCCAAUCUCCUCCGACCCACACGCCAUGUUUCAUCAGAUGUUUGUGCCCCAGUCUGCUCCUCCAGUGCUGGCUCAAAGCAGCGAAGGCCACCCAGGGUGUGUGUUUGAGUUCCACGUGCACCCAUCUGGGUCUGUUCCCGGCGAAGCAACCGUUUACUUGCCACACCGAGUUUACCGUCCUCGACGGGGCUCUGUAGACUUUAACCCAGAAGAACAGCCGCCGGGUUCUACGCUGCAGAGCCGCCUCCAAACUGUGACUGAAGAGCAGUGCCACCACAAUGGCCCAGAACCACUCCCACCCUUUAUAGGAUUCAUCACAUGCAACCGUAUGGAGAGCAGCCCCGACUAUUCCAGUGAUUCUUCCCAAAGGAAUUCAUCCGAUCCCGAUUAUCUCUCUCCUCCUCUGGCCUUCAGCUCCAAUAUCUCUAUGGCUUCCAAGCAGAAAACGUUGCAGGAUCCACAGAUUUUCUUUUGUGUCCCACAGUCCGGAACGACGGCUUAUGCUGGACCAUCAGCUUUGUACAGCCAGCAGCCACAAAUAUCAUCUGGACAACCACCCACCACAUCCAUGGGAAUCAGUGCUCAGCCCGGUCCCCACACCCAGGGCAUGGUGCAUCAUCAGCCUUCUCUGCAUCCAGCCUCGCAGUACCAAGUGCAGCAGCCAAUGCCUACUGUGGGUUCCAGUAUUGCGGCCCCAUCACAGCCGGUGAUUACCCAAACGCCAGCCCCUCAGCCGGGCACCCAGCUCCCUGCCUCCCAGCCUUUGCCUGCUGUUCAAGGAGAGCCUCAGAUUCCUGCUCAGACAGCUCCUGCUCCCCAGCCCGUUCCUACAGUGCCGGCCUCUCUGCCACCUCAUUUUCUUCCCUUGGCACAAUCUUUGGUUGCAGUCCCUCUCAUUCCUCCAUUCGCUGCCCCACAGUUGCCUUUAACGGUACCACCCCCGGUCAUACAGACAGGGUUCCCUUCCCUACCCAUGACUGUAACCCCAAGUAUUGGCCAAACUGUACCAGGAAUACCCCCAUCCUUAGGAGCGCCAGUCCUGCCCCAUGGGCAGGCAGUGUUAGUUCCCACUCACAUCACUAAUGUUGCUCUCCAGCCUUUGGCACCAAUCCCCACACCUCCUCUGUGCCCUGUAACUCAGCCCAUUGGAUUACCGGCCACCCUGGGAAAAGCUGCUGAGCCCUUGCUUCCUCCGGGAGAUACUUCUUACCAGGUUUUCCAGGCUACUCACCCUCUAUUCCCUGGAGAUGUAAGCUUUGUUCCUCCCGUUGCCAUCCCCUCAGCAAUGGUAUCUCCCCCUAUCCGUGGUGAAAGUUUAGCCCAACCUGGCUUCCAUACUCAGCCUUAUCCUGAAAACAGCAAUUUGUAUUCCCAUGGAGGGCCCACUCCCCAGCCCGCUGUUCUCACUACCCAGCCGGUGCCUGCAGGAACCCAGACGCAACCUGCCGUCGAGGGUUCACAGAGUAGCUCCCUGGCAAUUUCCCAGGAUACCCAGUCAUCUCCUCAAGCAACACAAACUGCCUCCUCCAUGGACAGCGCUCAUUCAGACGUGGCAUCAGGACUGAGUGACGGAAACGAGGGCAGCACAGGUGGGAGACACGAAGGCCGAGCCACUAAACGACACUACCGAAAAUCUGUGAGAAGCCGCUCCAGGCACGAGAAAACUGCACGCCCAAAGCUUCGAAUCCUUAAUGUUUCCAACAAAGGGGAUCGUGUUGUAGAGUGUCAGCUGGAGACUCACAACCGCAAGAUGGUCACCUUCAAAUUCGACCUGGAUGGAGACAAUCCAGAGGAGAUUGCUACUAUAAUGGUACAGAAUGUGUUUAUUUUGGCUACGGAGAGAGAAUCCUUUGUAGAGCAGGUAAAAGACAUAAUUGAGAAGGCCGAUGAAAUGUUGAGCGAAGAUGUGAGCGUGGAGCCGGAAGGAGAAACGAGGGCAGAAAGUUUGCAAAUCAAGGAUGAUGGGGAUUACCCAGAAUCUCAGAAGAUGAAUUCUGAAUUUCGAAUGCCAGAUCCUGUAUAUUCCCUACCACAGACAGCAGGGCUUAUUCCCAGCGUUGUCACACAAGUCGUUCAUUCUGCCGGAAGACGAUUUAUUGUCAGUCCGGUGCCUGAAAGCCGUCUAAAAGAACAGUCAUUCUUCAGUACUUCAUUGCAGGACCCUCAGCUACCAGUCUCUGUCGCGCAUGGUCCAGGGAUGAAUUUGUCUCAUUCUGCCUCUUCUGUGAGCCUGCAGCAAGCCUUUGCAGAACUACGCCAGUCACAGAUGAGCGAGGGUCCUAGCACAGCUCCUCCCAUAUUUAACCAAACUGGACCCCCCUUUCCACCAUCCAUGACUAGUCUGGUGGCAACUCUGCCUUCUAAUGCAAUGCCUAUCCUCCAGGCAGCCCCAGUGAUCCCCAGUAGCCUGCCAUCUUCUGUGCCUCAGCCCCUGGUGGAGGUGGUUGUACCUCAGGCUGCUGGGAUGGCUCCAACUAGCAAUGUUCCAAGCACCUUGUCCCCUCCCCUAACUGCAGUAUCCAACCAGCACGCAGACAUGAUACCGGGUGCUGCUGUAGCAGCUAUCGGAUCACUUCCUGUGACAUCACUUCCUCCUUUGCCCAUUGUGGGUGGAGUUCCUGUAGGCACUGCAACCCUGAGCUCACCCCUAACACCCCUAAUCAGUUCUGUCAGUACAAUGGGGGGGACGGUUCCCCCAUCUGUCACAUCUCCCCCAGUGCCACAGAUAGCGGGUAGCGUUGCCGGGAGCCUGCCUCCUGCAUCAGCCUCCGCCCCUCUUAUUCAUGGCAGUGUUGCCCCAUCUCAGGUACCGCUUUGCAGCAGCAGUUCUGUUCCCAGCUUUGCAGAGAGCGUGGCAGUCAGCCCCCUGCUGGAUAGUGGCCAAAAGGCAGCAGAAGUGGGCACGGUAAUGAGCACGACUGGCUUGUCUCUGCCCAUCUCUGCACCUCUGACAUAUGCUGGGGUGGUUGCAGCAUCAGGCAUCACAAGUCAACCUGCCGUGCAUCUCCCCCAGGGGGUGGCCACAACACCAGUUGUAUCCCAGGCAGUAGGGGGAGCUGUGGGCACACCCCUCUCAUCUCUUCCUCCCAUCCCUGGAGGCAUGUCUGUUAGCCAACCAGGAUCAAAUAUACCCCCUGUGCAACACACGUUGGCCCAUGGCCAACCCCAGCCUACCCCUCUCCCCAACCAGCCUCAUACGCACCUUGUAGAGGGUGACACCGAUAACCUGCCCAAACCUGGCAUAGACGAUAUAAAAACCCUGGAGGAGAAGCUGAGGUCGCUGUUCAGUGAGCAUGGCAGUGCCGGGGCCCCUCAUGGACUCACCCCAUCAGAAACUCAAUUGGGUUUGGAUGGGGCCCCCCUGCCAGGCCCUUCCACAGGUAGCACCGCUCAGACCAAGCCUGCAGCAUCCUCUUCUCCACCAACCAGCUUACCUUUAGGGCCACCUGGAGUGACGACAAUGACUCAGAUCAUGACACCUGGACAAGCUGCUACACCUGUCACCUACGUAUCUGCAGCUGGAAGCUCUAUAGCCACGGCCAAAGCUGCCACCCCACCCUCAAAGCCGCCUCUCAGUCGGGUACCGGUGACCACGGCCGGGGCAGAGACCCCAGCAGGCAGUCUCCCUGGUGAACACCUGCCUCCUCCUUCUCUCCCAGGACCUUCACUAACUCAGUCCCAGCAGCCUCUAGAAGACCUGGAUUUCCAGCUGAGAAGGACGUUGAGCCCUGACACUGUCCCUGUGCCUUCUGCACUAAUAUUUCCUGCACACAGCGGAGCUUCUACCGGUGUUGCAGCACCCGUCGGCUCAGCAUUGCAACCCUCCGCUUCAGAAUUGCCAAAAGCCAGCGCUGGAGAGGCAGAGGUGGGCGCGAGUGUCCAGAGGAUGGGCAGGUUUCAGGUCUCUUUGGCAGCAGAGAAUGUGCUCAAGCAGAGCGAGGAGACCAAACUGUCCAUCUCAGACACUUCCUCCACCACUUCUACAUCCUCCUCUUCCUCUGCGUCAUGCAGCAGCCCAGAGAGCACCCUGACUAAGCCCCAGGCCAAAACCGCUGCUCCCUUAGACAUAGUGGAUGGUGUUGGUCCCCACUUGGUGCAUCUACAGAGCCUAUCUCCCAAGCAGUUGGUGAAAGUGGGGCGCUUCCAGGUUACCACUGCCACCACGGACAAAGUGGGGCGCUUUUCUGUGUCCCGGACACAAGAUGAUAUAUCUGCUGGGGUGCUGGAGACAGACUCCCAGAGGUCCUCCUCCCCACAGACUGAGAAACAUCUGAAUGGACCCUACUUACAGCAAGACUCCUCUGCGGCUCUCGGCUAUCCGGCCAGGGAGACGCAGGAAGACAGCCUAGGGAGCCCCGUUCUGCACCACGCUUUGGGGUCCAAGCUUAGCCUGCAGAGCCUUAGCAACUCGUUCAACUCUUCCUACAUGAGCAGCGAUAAUGAUUCUGACAUAGAAGAUGAAGAUCUGAAGAAGGAGCUGCGAAGGCUACGAGACAAGCAUCUCAAGGAGAUUCAGGAACUGCAGAGUCGACAGAAGCAGGAGAUCGAGCUGUUGUACACGGCUUUGGGAAAAGUGCCCCCUGCUGUCAUUAUCCCUCCGGCAGCGCCCCUUUCUGGCCGGCGCAGGAGGCAUACCAAGGGGAAGGGCAGCAAGUCCAGCCGGGGCAGCUCCCACAACAGCCGCAGCCCUCAUUUGUCAGGCGACCUGUCCACGCAGAGCGCUCCGUCGGCAUUACCCCCCCAGCCGGGCCUUCUGCUCCCCCCAAGCAGUGCGCCCGAACAUGCUCAUCUUCUCAAGCCCUCCCCUUCCAGCGACAUUCUCUGCUCAGCCUUCACUAGCGACGCUGCCCUCUCUGUGCCCAGCCUGUCCACCCAGGGCCAAGGCUGGGCCAAGUUUAACUGUGAGUCAGAGCGGGUAUCCUUCAAAAUGGCUGGCAGGAGGACGCGAUUUCUGAGUACGCCCUGCUUGGCUCUUUGGAAGAUGGUGAAAAAAGUCUGUCCUUGCAACCAGCUCUGUAGGACCAGCAGCACUAACACAGUCGCACCAUCAACUGCCCCGGCCCCCCAGCCAAACGUGCCCCCCGUGUCAUCCAGCCGCAAGGGAACCUUCACGGACGAUCUACACAAACUGGUGGACAACUGGGCCCGAGACGCCAUGAACCUGACUGGAAAAAAGGCUUGUAAGGCCUCUGGGCAACCCAGCUAUGAGGGACCCGGGAUGGCCCGUAAGUUCUCUGCUCCCGGACAGCUGUGUGUCCCCAUGAACCCAUCCCUGGGGGGCUCCGUCCCUCUCCCAGCAGCUUCGGCGACCUCCCUGGCUCACUACCCCAAAGGAAUGUGCCCCCCGCAACAAUACGGAAUCCCCGGGGCGCUGUUCCAAGCUCCAUGGAGUGGCACCGGCGUGCCCCCCUCCUCUCAGCCCCUAAGCCAGUUCCCCCCGGCGGUGACAUCUUCCUUACAGAACUUCGGUAUUAGCAGCUUGCAGAAAUCUAUCAGCAACCCCCAAGGAUCCAACCUGCGGACUACCUAGUGUAGGGGGGUCGGGGAGCCCUGGCACGGAACGCAAGACUGGCAGAGCCAAGGAAGUGGUAGCCGAAACGUCACUGCAGUGGCCACUUCUAAACCUCGGCAGCCCCCCCCCUGUAGUACAAUAACUCUCCGACAGGUACAUCCCCCCUGCCUUACAGAGGACCCACACAAUAUGGAUGUACUGACUGCCCCCCCCAGCCCAAACGGAUUAACACUCACCCUAUGGGGGGGGGGCAGGAGGGGUGCAAGCAAGAAGGGGUGGGGCUCAGAAGCCGGCAGUGGGCGGGGCGUAUAUACGCAAGCAGCAGGUAACCCGCCCCUCCCCGUGUUACCAUAUAGGUCAUUUAAUGCUUUAAAAUAAAGAAACAGCUUUGACGGCAGCAUUAGAAAUGUAUGAAUAAAGGUAAAUAUAUAAAUAUAAAUCUAUAAUAAAGUUCCGCGAGGACAUUACUCUGCCAUCAGUUAUGAUGUGGAUACACUGUGAUAUAUAUAUAUAUCUCUAUACAUGUUGUUGGGCAACAGUAGUAACGAUAAUAGCGACGCGCGUUAGAGCCCCCCGACUCGCCCCGCGCUUUAACGCCGUCGCUUCAUCCCGUCAGCCUAUUGGAUAAAUGUGAAUGUAACAUGUGACAUUGAACUUGAACACAACUCUCUCUCUCUGCUCCCGAUAUUCUCGCUGAAUAUUUUUUUAGUGCCUUGAACGUUCUAUAGCGCGUGCAUUAUUUGCACCCCCCCCCCAACACACGUGUACUUAUGCACCCCAGACGUUGGUUUGUUUGCCCCCUGGCAAUGAAAGGGUUGAGUUUUUGCCCAGUGGGGCACAUUGGAACGUGUGGUUUUUUGUUUUUGUGGGUUUUUUUGUUCUGUUGGGCAGUUUGCUACCUGGAAACCCUUGUUUGCCCAAUCCCUGUCCCUGGAUUCAGAGGGUUCAAUAACAGCUUGGCCCACUGGGACUAAUUCUGGCAUCCCGGUAAGCAAGUCUGACCCCGCCUGGUUCCUUUCCUUAUACCUAGGGGCUGUUUGGGGAGGUGCAGCUGUCCAAUAACAGCUCGGCCCCCUGGGACUAUUCCUGGCAUCCCGGUAAGCAAGUCUGACCCCACCUGGUUCCUCUCCUUAUACCUAGGGGCUGUUUGGGGAGGUGCAGGGAUUGGAUUCAGAGGGUCCAAUAACAGCUCGGCCCCCUGGGACUAUUCCUGGCAUCCCGGUAAGCAAGUCUGACCCCACCUGGUUCCUUUCUUUAUACCCAGGGGCUGAUUGGGGAGAUGCAGGGAUUGGAUUCAGAAGGUCCAGUAACACCUGGGCCCACUGGGACUAAUUCUGGCAUCCCGGUAAGCAAGUCUGACCCCGCCUGGUUCCUUUCCUUAUACCUAGGGGCUGUUUGGGGAGGUGCAGCUGUCCAAUAACAGCUCGGCCCCCUGGGACUAUUCCUGGCAUCCCGGUAAGCAAGUCUGACCCCACCUUGUUCCUCUCCUUAUACCUAGGGGCUGUUUGGGGAGGUGCAGGGAUUGGAUUCAGAGAGUCCAAUAACAGCUCGGCCCCCUGGGACUAUUCCUGGCAUCCCGGUAAGCAAGUCUGACCCCACCUGGUUCCUUUCUUUAUACCCAGGGGCUGAUUGGGGAGAUGCAGGGAUUGGAUUCAGAAGGUCCAGUAACACCUGGGCCCACUGGGACUAUUCCUGGCAUCCCGGUAAGCAAGUCUGACCCCGCCUGGUUCCUUUCUUUAUACCCAGGGGCUGAUUGGACAGAUGCAGGGUAACUUGGUUAUUUGAGAGUAGAAAAGAUAUUGGACAUCUGAGGCGAGCAGGAAGGGGGGGGGUGCAAGAAGCAUUUAUUGGCCUUGGUUUGGGGGUUUAACAGAAAGUGAAGGUGGGGUACAGAAGGUGCAAUGGGGGUGCGGUGCUGCCCCGUUUGGGGGUAAGUUCUGGAAGGUUUGUUUCUAUUUCCAAUGAUAAGGGUUAAUUUUAACGAUGUACAAAGCUGUGAAGUUGCCCGGAUGAGCGGAAAAGCCCAGGUGGGUAUUUGCCGGGCACGGGUGGCAUCUGUAUCGUGUCCCAUUUAAAGGCCAAGUCAACCCCAAAACACAAUUGUUUAAUAAAGAAAACAAAAUUCCAACGUUUAUUGCUUUCAAAGGUGUUUGUAAAAUAUAUUUUGGGUUGACUUGUCCUUUAAACCCCCCCCCCCCCCCGUGUCUGGCGUUGAUUGCAAGCUGUAGUUAUUGCUCGCUAGAGAGAAGGCACCUACAGUAUUACCCCUACGGCUUUGCACAGUGAUUUGGCGUUUACAUCAGCAGGGAUCCCCCCCCCCGCCCCGCACGGGGGAAAUCAUUGGUUCAGUCUGUAAUUAAAUUAAUUAAUUGGGAGCAAGGGUCUAUUUGGAUUGGUUGGCUAGAAUCUCUCUAGAUCUUUCCCAAAGCACUGGAACCUUAGAUUGCUACAGUGAUGCGGAGCUGCCCUACUGCUUGCCAUUGGGGCUGUAGCCAAUAGGGAGCUUGUAGGAGGGGCAUCACGCUUCUGGGCUGCCAUUCAGACGGAGUGGGCGUUAGAAAAGGGAGAUCCAAUGAGGGAUUUGCACAUUGUAAACCGCUGAUCGGUAUUUAUUUUACAUAUAUAUUUUAUAUAUAUUCUCGGGGGGGUCGGGGGCAUAUAUUAAAGUUUGAGGUCUGUUUACCUUUCAUUCUUUGGAUGCCAGUUGGGGCCCCAGCAGAAUGUUUUUGUUUUUUUAUUCAGCCUGUUUUUUGGUAUCUAAGGUGUUGUGCAUGCUCCCCCCCCCCCGGCACAGAUAAACAACAAAACAUUACAAAAAAAGCCAGGUUACAAACUAUAUAUCUAUAUUCUAUAUACACCGUGCUACUGAGCUCCUUAUUAACUCAUAUGUACACUUCUUUUGCAUUAUCCCCCCCCAAUUACCCAGAAUUCAUCCUCUUUCCCUUCCGAUAUUUAACACUGUAUCGAAAUAAAGACAAAAUCAUUAAAAAAAAAAAAGAGAAUGUGGGAUUUCCCUGGAGCUGUGAAUUUUCUGUUUGCACUUUCUGUCCUGUAUCUUUCUGUACAAAUUUGCACUUUUUUCCUCUUUUUAUUGCCUCUGUAGACAGAUAUUAAAACCUAAUAAAUGAAGCCUUAUUUUAC